AGCCGCUGCGGCUAACCUUCAGAUCAUUUGACAUGCUGACCAAAAGAAAGGGACUGCGGCACCGGCCUAGUUUUCUCCUGAGUGGAUAAAAUAUAUUAAAUAAAAUGAGAAAACUCCGGGCCGCUUCGCCAAAGCUAUAAGCUAACCCGAGUUGUGUACGUCGGAAGAUGCCAGUGAAAAGAUGCUGACGGUGGUGGUCUAUUGUGACUACAUCGACCUUAUCUGAUCUUAAGUCAACUCUAGAAAACGUGAGAAAGGAAACAAUGUCAAAAGCAGCAUUAAAUGCAAGACAAAGAAGACAAAAUAUCAGAACAGCGGUAAAAAAAAAAAAAAAUUCGCUCAAGCCCCACUAAUUAAGAAUGUGCCAAAAAAAAAAAAGGCAUGUUCUUAUACUAUCCCACGAAAUUGACUUGUAAGCCAAAAUCUACUCAUCUAGCCUUUUAUAAGGGAUUCAUGUCAAUUUUUUGUAGUCCCUAGAACAGUGGUUCUUAACCUCGGUUUGAUCGAACAAGACGCAGAGCCAAUUUUGGGAUGCUGACGAAACCUAGGCAAAGUAACAUUUUACACCAGGUUUUGGACUGGUUAGUCCCCAAUUUAUAGGCUUUAUUCCAAUUAUUUCAACUGCCAGUCCUCUGUCUGAUGGGAGGAGAAACUGGUUUGCUCAGUGGAAGGUUGACAUGAGAAAGAACAACAGACAUAUGGGUAACCUGCACUGUGUUUACAUUAAAAAAAAACAAAACAAAACAUUUGUGUCACAUUUUACGCCAUGAAAAUAGUUUGUGAGCCAAGGAUGUGAUCGAGUGAGAAUGAAACAUGAAAAAAAAAUAGAAAUAGUGUGAAAUAAAUCGUGUUUAAUUUCAUUUUCCAAAUUGAAAAGCAAAUCAAAAGGGAACAUUUCGUAAAUUCACACUGUUUAUUGGAUUUGUGAAAAGAUUCAUGUUUAUAUUUUUUAACAUAAAGACUUUGUGUACAAAUUUGGCGAUCAUUUUGUGCAGGAUUUUUCAUUAAAUUUGAUAUCAUUUGAGAUGUAAACAUGACAAGUUUUAGCUUGCUAGCUUAGCUAUAUCGAUUUUGAAAUUGAGAGGGGGAAAAAAUAUUUUCAAAUUCCAAAGGGGUCGGUUAAUGCACGUUUGAAAUUCAUGGGGUUCGGUACUUUUAGCAAGGUUAAGAACCACUACCCUAGAAGGCAAGGCAAUAUUAUGUAUAUCACACAAUCCAGCACAAGGCAAUUGAAAGUACCUUACAUCACAUGUAGAUCAUAAAAAUCACAUUAAAUCUAAAUAAUUCUAAGGUAGCUUACAGGUCACCUCCUAUCGUUUUUGGGUCAGUCAGUCAGUCCUGCACAUUUUGUUCAUUCCAGGGAGACUUCCUGUCCAUUUUUGAUAAUUUCUUGUUGAUUUUAGGGUAUUUAUGAGUCAUUUCCUGUAGAUUUGGGGGCUUUUAUAAGUCACUUACUGUUAAUACCAGGAAAUUUUCCCCACUGGAAAUGAAUGGGGCCUUAUGGAAAUGAGUGGAAAUGUUAUUGUCAAAUUUAGGUAGCGCCAUAUGUUUUGCAAAAACUAUACAAGUUUUGUGCGCCUUGAUUUUCUGAAUUUUUGAUGUGUAAAUUAUAUGAAAUGGAUUUUGAAAAAUGUAUGAUGUUAUAAUUUAAAAUUUAAUUUUAAAAUGUUUUUGCUAUUCGAAAUGAAUGGGGCUUUUUUUUUUUUUUUGCCGCAACCGUAAACGUUAGGGGUGUAAUAAUAAAUGAGCCUGUGGCAUGGGAAUUUUUAGAACUUUUGCUUUGCAAAGCAUCACCAAAUUAAAUGUGAACUCAUUGACUGCUAUUGACGGUGCUAGACAUCCAAUCCAUAUGAAUGGUCAACUAGUGAGAAACGAACAUAAAUUUUCAGGAUAAAGAUGAAAAGAGCCACAUAAUUGGACAUCUAUUAUCGUCAACGGCACUGAAAAAAUAGUUUUGUGUAGGAAGCACCAUGUGGGGGGCCUGGUCAUUCUUGACCACCCUGAUGCUCCUGUGUGUGCUCUCCCUCGUACCGGUCUGGACGGCGCCAUGCCACACUUGCCAGAAAUUGGCCGAGAGUUUCUUGAAGGGCUUGGAGAGAACGGCUAACAAAAACUUUGGGGGAGGCAACACUGCAUGGGAGGAAGAGAAGUUGGCCAAAUACGCACGCAGUGAGACACGCCUCUUGGAGAUUGUAGAGACUGCAUGUGAGCAGUCUGACUUUGAAUGCAACAAACUGCUGGAGCAGAUUGAGGACCAGGUAGAGACAUGGUGGUUCCACAGGCAGGAGGAGGCGCCUGACCUUUCUGAGUGGUUGUGCAAUGACCAGUUGCGACUCUGCUGUCCCCCCGGACGCUUCGGAGCUCAAUGCAAAGAGUGCCCAUCAGGCCCAGGCGGUGUGUGUGGUGGUUUGGGUCGCUGUGAAGGCGACGGCACUCGCCUGGGAGAUGGCGAGUGCGUGUGUGACCCUGGUUAUUCUGGUGUACUGUGCGGCGACUGUGCAGACGGCUACUACAGAGAGAAAAGCGCCAACGGCAGCUCCGGAGCUUGUGCAGCCUGUUUUCAUUCAUGUAAGAAGUGCUCCGGGCCGGAGGACUACAAAUGUCUGGACUGCAAAGCGGGCUGGUUACUUCACGACAACAAAUGCGUGGACAUCGACGAAUGCGGGACGGAGCUCUCUCGCUGUCCUUCGAACACUUACUGUCACAACACGGACGGCUCUUAUGACUGCAGAGGCUGCGACCAAUCUUGUGUAGGCUGUAUGGGAAGUGGUCCGGCCCGCUGUAAGAAAUGUGCACGAGGCUACAAAUUGCAGGGAGCCAAGUGUCUUGAUGUUGACGAAUGCAGCGAGCGAGCCAUGGCAUGCCCAGGCCUCAACGAGGCUUGCAUCAACGAGGUGGGCUCCUUCCACUGCGACUGCGCUGACGGCUUCAUCCGGAGGGACAGCAUCUGCGUGGAGAAUAAGGCACCUGUCGGUCCGGAGAAGGGUCUGUUUGAUGACAUGACGGACGACGAGGUCUUGGUUCUGCAGCAGAUGUUCUUUGGCGUGGUGAUCUGCGCCCUGGCCACGCUGGCGGCCAAAGGCGAUAUGGUAUUCACGGCCAUUUUCAUCGGGGGCGUGGCUGCCAUGGCAGGCUACUGGCUGACAGAGAAAGGAGACUACAUGUUGGACGGCUUCCUGAAGGGUCGCUAGGUGCGCGUCCAGGUGGGAGCUGUUGACGAAUCAUCCGAGGUCGCAGACGGUCGCCGUCCUCGCUCUCACAUCGGCUUGGGAAGUCGUAAAAAAGCAACGAGAAAACAGCGAUGACACUGGCAAACUUGAAGACAAUAUAAAAGUAAGCUGCACUCAAUUGAAAGGCAUUGAAGUGAAAUUCUCUACCUCGGUUUUGUUGGGUGCAAAGACAACUACUGAUUGGUCAAAACUAGACUUAACUCUUUUGCAUGUUGACUGCUGUUUUUUUCUGUCUACAUCAACAUGAUGUAAUGAAGCGCAUCACUACUUAAGAAUGUUUGACAUUUUUUGUGACUAUGCAUGACACUAAAACGCAAAAAUCGACAGUACAUGAAAUGUAUUUUUCCUUUCCGUAAUUUCUUGAGUAUAACCUGGAUUUUUUUGUUUUUGUUUUGACAAAUUACAAUUGACAUGUAAUUCGUGGACGAGCAAAAUGAAGAAAAUCCUUCGUGUUGUUUAGUCAUUCAGGGGCGCCUAUAGGGUUUUGUGAAAAUGGUGUACAGUGGUACCUCUACAUACGAAGUUAAUCCGUUCCAGGACCUUGUUUGUAAGUCGAAAUGGUCGUAUGUCGAGCAGGAUUUUCCCAUAGGAAUACAUUAUAAUUCCAUUAAUUCGUUCCACAGCCCAAAAACCUUCACUAAAUCCUUAAAAAAUACUGCUGGUACUAUUACAAAUGGCAAUUACACAUAUCAAAGCAAAUAAAUUAUAAAUCAAAAUCGGAAUAAUAAUAAUAAUAAUAAUAAUAAUAAUAAUUCCUGUAUUAAUGUAACGAAUCGGGUUCUAAUGUGGCGGACGUUUUUUGCUGACCCUGAACGCACCGCGGGGCUGACGUGCCAGAGACAGACCGGUGAGCUUGAGUUUCACUUUCACUUUGAAUGUUUUCUUGAGAACACCGUCAAUUGCGGCAGACAGAAGGUGUUUUUGUUUUGAAUAAGUUGUGAAAUAAAUGAUAAAAACGUGGCGAAGUUGGCGAUUUCUCUGGAGAUGUUACCACAAUAAGAAUUGUCAGCUUAACUUAUAAAGACUGGCGAACGAUGGUCGGAGGAGGACCGUGGAGAUGUAUUGUCGAGCCAUUUCACGGAUGCCCACCCUACGCUCAUAUUUUUCUGUCAUUUGCAUCUUCAUUUAGAAGGUAAGCGUCAACUUUUUCCUUGUUUCACCACCUGUACCAACCUUUUCUGAAACCAGUGUUGAUUUGUCACACAAGAAAAUCCGCCGUGCAUUCGUCUGCGGUGCUGCCAUUGUCGUCGUAUUUCGAGCAUGUCGUCGGAUGUAGAAACAAAUGGCGAGUCAAAUUUUACGUCGGAUGUCGAAAAGUUCGUGUGUCGAAGCGAUCGUAUGUAGAGGUACCACUGUACUUUCAUUCCAAUGUAAUGUUUUUUAAACGUUUAUUUACAAAAAUGUUAGCCAUUCAUCGUUAAUCAGAUCAUCACAGUCGCCAAGUGUGCGUGCGAUGUCUGCAAUCAUAUUGUAGUGUUUUCCAGAAAAGGAAAUCCAAAACCCUUAAUGUAAAAAACACUGUCAUGUCUGAAACUGGCAGUUAAUCACCAGAAUCUAUUUGGAGCAAAGUACUAUGUUCAUUGAAACCUCUGAAAAUGUAAUUGCAUUAUUGUUGUGAAUUUAAGGGGCGUUUUAGUUUUGGACUGUUUGCCACCCAGUAUGAAAUGUAAGUAUUUGUUUGAGAAACCUAACAAAAUCCAAACGACUAUGCAGGUAAUACUAUUUUUGUUUUCAGAAAUACCACUAAAUUGGCGGAGCAUGUAAUGCAUGAGUACAGAGAAAAGUAUGUUAAACCCAAGAAAUUACGGUAAUCAAACACUUAGAUGCAAUCUCUUCAUUCACCUGAUCUUGCGGCAACAGGGAUUUAUUAUCUCGCUCAAGGACACUUCAACAUAGCCUUUAGUACAAAUCCAAUAAUGAUAAUAAUGCAAGCCAUAUUUUAGUUCUCCCGUUCCAUUUGUAUUGGGGCCCCAAUUUCCAAAGUGUUCCCUACAUCACGUGUGUGGUGUCUCGUUGACAAGAACUCUUUUGAUACUUUGUAGUGACGUGUUCAUUUGGAGGUUCCUCUUUUCAAGCAUCUGUCAAUUGUCAACGAUCAUGUUUGUGUUUUUCACAACCAAAUGUCUUCUCAGCUGGAGGCUGAGUUUAGAUUUUCCUCUGACAAACAUCAUCAAAUAAAGGCUUUGUUGAUAUUUAUUUUGCAAGGAGCUCACUGGUGAUUGCACAAUUGUCCAAAACACAUCUGCAACUCUGCAUCGAGAUACAAUAUGAACCAUUUCAGACGGCGUGUAUAAAGUUAAAAAUGUUUUAUUCCGCUUUGUAUUGUUCAUUGCCAACCUAAUGAUGAAAAAGUUAACUCAUGUGUCAUCAGAUUCCGAGGGUCUCCUGGUUUUCCCAAAGCCACGUGUGGUAUUUGUUCAACAUGUGAUCUUUAGGCUUCACCUUUAACAGAACACAAACAAAUUUGGCACCCCAACAUUUUGCUUUCAUUCUAAAGUAAAAUGAAAAGUUGACUUGCCUGUCUCCAUUCUUCCACACAGAAGAUCCUGUAGGAAUCGUUGCCAUACUUGCCAAUGCCGUGCAACUCAAUGGGGUAACGCCAGUCUUUGUUCAGAAAUUCAUCUGUGACCGACAAAACUGUUAACAAAAAUCUCCCACAUUACUCAUUGGUCUACUGUAGCUCCAACUUUUGACACAAAGAUUUGGGAUGCUCUGAUUUUACACUCGACAAUUAAGUCACCUGAGAAACGAAUGAUGAUUUUGGCCCGAAGCUCAAACAGUCCAAGCGGCUUGAGUAGUUCCGACACUGCCUUCCAGUCGGCGUGGCAAGCCGACUCGGCGCACGGGUACCUCUCGAAGAAUCGCCACAGGAUUGGAAUAGCCAUCUUGCCUGCACCGGGGCCACAAUUUAACACCUUGGGUACAAAUAGUGUGUGUACGUGCGUGAUGAAGCUUACCACUUGUCUUGUUGAGAAAGAUGGUGGCUACCAGCAGCUUCCACACAUUAUGGAAAAGUGUUUCUUGUACAAGGUUAAAAGGAGAACGAGGAGGUGUCCACUUCUUGAAAGCUUUUCUUCGAGGUGGACUUGGACCUUUGUACGUUUGUGUGAAAUAAUUUCCUAAAUAUGUUCAAACACAAGAAUCUGAAUAAAAUGUAUUACCGUCUGCAAGAGGU